AUGGUCUUAGUCAAGGAGAUCACACUUGGCAUGAUGACGUGCUGUAAGUCAGCGGACGGUGGGAGGGCGACGUUAGUGAUGGCCUACUUGUUCCCACUACCUAUUGUUAUGCAAUUGGAGCUUGGACUGGACAUGGCUAAGGUCCGCUGUGCUUUGAACAUCCUUCUAAAGUUUCGCGAGUGGCGUUGGCUGUUGAGCGAGUACCGAGAGGUAGACGGUGGUCUGCCCCUUGCCGAGGAUGUUGAAAGGUGGAAGCAGAACGGCCUUGAUCCUGACGAUCUGCUUGCCGGACAGGAAGAGUGUUUUACUAAAUCUCCCCCAAAGAGAAAGGCGGUUGGCAAAUCUUCAAGGGGUGAAGCUACUUCUUCGCACACAAAGAAUAGGUCUCCAUCGAGGAAGAAGCCAAGGCUCCCUUCUGCUGAGAAGACUCAAGUGGGGUAUGCUCCAUCAUCAUCUGCCAUGGUCAAGCAUACGCUCGAGAACCAUGAUGUGCUUCGUGAGGCAGCUCGUGCCCAACCUAAGUCUGCCGAGUGUCAAAGAGAUGUAGACAUUCCUCCUCGAAGUUCGAGUCAUCUGCACCGGUCAAAAGAUAGAGAUUGA